UAUUAUAUUCUGCAAUCAAAUUCAUAAUAUUUGUAUUAAUUCUCUAUAAAGCUGCUUCUUCUGGCUUUCAUCUUAAAAUCUUAUUUAAACAAAAUAAGUUUUAUAUUUAAUGCUAAAAUGCUUACAUUAGCAUUUAUUCUACUGACAGUCAACAUUUGUAAUGCAAAUCAAGACUAUUAUUGGAGAGACUAUACGGGGAAAAUUCCAUCGGAUGCCUUUGUGGCCGGUCAAGACGUAAACCAGGAAAAAGUCUAUAUUGGUCUGGUUUACUUGAAAUCGGCAGGAAUAGUUCCAACAACCAUAUUACAAGGGCAAAAAGUUACCGAUAUAUUAUCUGUUGGUAAUUUAAAUAUACCAGAAAAGACACAGAACUAUGUACAGAUUCUUUGCACAGACACUCCACAGAUGCUUGAGUGGAUAACAGCCAACAAGACCCACUUCCAUUUCUUGACCAUGAACAAGCAUGUAGUAAGAGGAGGAGUUCAGACUGAUCACUGGCUCAGCAUCGGAAGGGUUUACUAUCAGAACGAGAUCAUUAUAGGGAAAAUCUUAAGUGGUCGUGCCACUAUUAAUGAUGCCUUUAUGCAGUACGUUCAUAGCAACGAUAUAACCACUGCUUAUUCCUAUGAGGUUCUUGUUAAUAAGGAAUCAGAUAGGGAUUCUGAAAAUGAGCUUAUUGAGAUUGCUUAAAUAAUUGGUCAAAUUGCAUAUGAUUUUUUAUUUAUUUAUUCAAAUACUUAUAAUUUAAAUUAAACUUUAAAAAAUUAUAAUACUGACUAUAUAAUUAAAAAUCACAGUAGACUAGAAAUAGACUACAUUAUAAGCUGUUUUGUGAUAAAUGAGACAUAAUUGACAUUAAAGUUCGUAACAAGUUUUCACGAAACAUAA